AAAUUGCAAGAGCAGCCCAAAAUCAUAUAAAUAUAAAUAAGUUUUGUCUUCGUCAUCUUCAUCUACCUAGCUAGGGUUUACGUACACAGUCAAUUGGGGUUCCUAUUUCCUACCUUCCGUCUUGCAGAAUGUCGAUGGAAUCCGAUACCAGCUUGUUCGGCGUCAUCCGACCUCCUCCGGAAAACCUCGAAGAAAGAGGGAAGCGGCCAAAAUCGGAAUCAGAACCAGAACCAAAAUCGGAGCUGGAGCCUGAACGGAAACCAAAACCUACUUGGAAAUUGAAACGCGUUGAUGAUCUUACAUUGAGUGACUUCUCCAUGUAUGACGAUGACAUUAAACCUUUUGGGUUCAUGUGUGCCAAAUUUUAUUAUAGGAAUAAAGCUCAGAUUCAGAAAGAUAAUGAAUAUGAAGCGGCCAUUGCUGAUUAUAAAAAGCGCUCUCGAGGCCUAUCUGUGUACGAUGCUAUCACCCCUCCAAGAGUAGGCUCAUACGGAAAAUGUGGUGUUGCAGUACCCCUUGAUAUGGAUGAAAAUCUUCGCAGCAGGCUCAUUCCCUUAUGCAAGCUUGCCUUAGAAAAGUACAAUGCUGACAAUCAGGGUGCAAAUUUUGUGUUUCUUGAUGUUGUCAAGACAACAUGGAGUGCUGCUGGUACGUUUUACAUUACCUUUCGAGCUCAAAAAGAUCCUCCCAACUGCUCUGCUACAACUUUUCAGGCUCAAGUAUGGGAAAAUCGGAAUGGGCCACAUAAGGUCAAAUCGUGUGCCAUUAAAACCUAACACACGCCGCACAAUGUUCCAUCAUCAAAUUCACAAUUAUGAAAAUUCAUAACAACAGAAAAAAAAGAAAAGAAACCAGCAGUAGGCUUUUUUCAAGACAGCGAAUAGGAAUUUUUAACUGAGAUAGUAACUGGUGAUAUGCUUAGUCUU